UUGAUCUUUACUGGGGAUAGGGUGGAGGAAGGGCUUGCUUCUGAUCUGUCCUCUUUCUUGUUCUUUCCACUCCAACAAUUCUCAUUGAUGUUGAGGGCCAAUGGGAAGAAACACGUUCUGCUAAUCCUACCCUCGUUCAUAAAGAAUUCUUUUUCUUGUCCACCCGUUCCAUCUUUGGCUGACUGUCCAAGUGAGGUUGCCCAGCGCGUACGCUGUUGCCGUAGAGACGCAGCAAACACAGGGCGGCAGGCAGCAGAUCAGCAGUGGCUCGAUGCAGCGCUCCCGCUGUGCAGCUCUCUCUGUCCGCUGUCGUUCCGGACACGCUGCUGUGCGCAGUUCAGUCAGCCGGACAAGGACCACGUGCUGUAGAGCGUGAGGAGAAUCAUAUUGUCCGUGAGCAGCGAGAUAACAGUCAUGUCCGGCUCUUACGGGGGACACACAUUCCGCUCGGACUGGUCCGAGAGCGACUCCGCAAGAACAUUGACCAUCGACAGGACAUCGAAGAGAAGGACCAGCGAUCCUAUAGUGACGUCCUCGCCCGAACAGCUAUGUGAUUUACACGUGUACAAAGUGCCUUUGGACUUAUGGCGCACCCCACUCAACAACAUCCUCAACCAGUCUGUUACAGACACCGUCUCUCUGGGCAUCAUAAGGGUGCCGCCGGACCUUCCGCUGAUCGACCUGCGUGCGGAGAUCACUCGCCAGCUCGAGGACCAGGCGCCCAAAGACUACGUCUUCCUUCGCAGUGUGGGACGUAGUCUUACAUGGCUCAAGUCCAAACAGGAGAUCCAGCUGAAGGCGAAGCAUUUUCUCCCGCCUGUGCACUAUGCGCCGGAACUGUUUCUGCUGGAGGCCAACCCCGAGAUGCGGGAGGCCCUCGCCAUUAGUGAUCGGUCGUCGCAGCAGUCUCCCAGCUCUCUGCAUCACGGCUCCACGGGCCAUGGCUACCAGAACAGUAACCGUGGUUACGGCACUUACCGGGACGGCUACCGGAACAAGGACGGAUACCCGGGUGACCGCCGAACCAUACAACGCGUCCCAGAUAGAGCCUCCCCCACCCGGCACUACACCCCUUUACCCAAAAUCGACGCGUCGAGUUCCCAGCCGCAGAGCCAGGAGGGUUCUCCGGCAUUUUUCACCGAUGUCGGCGCUGACUCCCGCGACUCCUUUGACAAUAAUAACUAUCACCAGGCUAGCACCUUUCGCCCCGACCCUCGUACACGCCAGAGGUAUAAGGACAGGGAGGAGGAUGAUUCCCCCUCACAAGACUACGAUGGCCACAAGGAGAACCAGCAGGUGGCCAUCAGAAGAGAAGAUGAUAAACGCUAUCGCGAGCACCAGCACCAGCACCAGCAGCACCAGCAGCACACACCCCAGAAAGAUACUUAUCGUAGAACGAGAAUUCAGAUUCGGAAACUGUUUCUCCCCAUUCGCCAGCAGAGCGUCAGCCCCCACGCUCUACGGUGCACUCCCCUGUUAGGAAAGGACAAGCAGGCUCUGUGCAUAAGGGAGGUAACCACGAGCGUGAUGCUGCUUACACCACCAAUACCAAUGAAGAUUCGGGUGUUGCAGGCCUGCGGGACCGACGACGCAGGGCCGCCGAUGAUCCGCUACCGGUCCGAGGAGGACAGGAAGCGAGAGGAAGAAGAGGAGAGGAGGAGAGCGGAAGAAGAAGAAGAGAGGAGGAGAGCGGAAGAGGAUGAGGAGGCAGAGGAGGCGGCCAGGCGGGCGGAGGACGCUAAAAGCAAAGGUUCCAACAAGCGCGACCUUGAUCGCUUCCCCUCGCCCCCUACUCUGCGGAUGUCCUCACCGGACCUGGAGAUUCCACGAGACACCGAGUCGGCUCGGCGCCGCAGACGUCAGGAGAGAGAAAAGCUGUUGGCAGAACUGGAAGACGCGAAAGAAGCUCGACACGGCACUGAGAAGGAGAGAGAAGAGCUAGUCAAGAAAGCCAAAAAUCUUCAGAACAAAACUCAGAACAGACGAAACCAUGCGCGAGAUUUGUGGAAGAAAAAAUACUUCGACGAGAAGAAAAAGACAGCGCCUCUGGAGGAGCAGACAAACAGACUGCGUGAGGACCUGGAGACACUACACCGGAAACUCAUGAACACGCUGGAGGGACCAAAGAGAAGAACGUCAAGCUUAGGAGACAAGCAUCCUUCCCAAAAGAACAACUUUGUGAUCCAGUGCACCAAGCUACAGCACGAGAUUGACGAUCUCCGGCGGCGCGUGGAGAACGCCAAGAUGAAGCUGACGGCGGAAAUGAAGCUGCGCAACCAGGCGGAGGCCGAGCUGCGGGCUUUGCGGGCGGAGCUGGUGCAGAAGAAGAUCAACCUGACGCUGACGAGGUCCCAACAGUUCGCCGCCCUGUCGCCCGGAAUGUCCAACGAAACGCUGGUGAAACCCGCCGUUCCCGGCAUCCCACACGGCAAGGGGGAGGCGCAGGCGCUGCAGUCCUAAGCCUCUCUCGCUCUUUCUUUCUCUCCUGCCAGGUACACAAGGGUGUGAUUCUCAUUGACCAUUCGUGCCAACGACCCCGAACGGACUUCAGUGCUGACUGCUUCUUGGACACUGCAGUCUGAAACAGUCAUGCCAGUCACGAGUUGCGGUGUAUUUUUAGUGUAUUUCAAUAGCAUUUGCACCACGCAUUUUUUUCUAGGUUUUUUUUUACCUCCCCUUUCCGCAUACCCUCCCUUUCUUGUCUCAGAUUCACGGUGCACGGGUAUGUGGUGCCAAGACGGUGUCUGUCCCCAGUUCAAAUUUUCGGUGACAACUUCCCACAGAAUGAGACAAGAAGACUAACAGUAGCUAAGCGGGUAGGGGUAGGGGGUAGGGGAGGAAUCUGCUCAUAGGUCAAUGUAUCUUUAAAUAUCUGGUAACUAAGACUUUGAUGUCCUCAUCCCCCGAACUGCCACGAAAAUUGCUAGUGAAAUGAAACUUUUAACAUCACGUCUUUCGACAAAAAUGUUAUCGCCAAUGCGUUACUCUUUGCUUCAGCCUAAUAUGAGUACGAAAGUUGUGUUUACCAUACAUUUCCAAUGUCUUCGUAACUCUGUAUACCUUAUUCUCUUAGGUGUUAAUGUUUUUUGUCUUGUGAAUGGGUGUAAUAUAUAAAAAUAGUUAACAAAUGCCUUGUAAAAAUGUACAGUUGUAUUAUUCAUCAUUGUAGAGUUUCUCUGUGCAUCCUCCUACUGUGUAUUUAUGUUCUUUAAGUUUGAGCUAAAAGUAGAUGCAAACAACUUAUCUGUGAUAAAUUUCGAGUCCAGUAUAACCUGGGAAUUGUCCACAAAUAUAUUUAUACAAGUAGAAGAGAAACCCAAAACGGACUUUUGUCAACAUGUGUCAUCAUUUACCUUCAGAAUAUAUCUGUAAAAAACAGAACAAAAUUUAUAUUGUCAAUUUGUUUUUUUGACAUUGCUAUACAGUUGUAUUUUGAUGAGAAGACCAACAUUUCCAUGCUACUCCUUUUAUUAAAACUGUUAAUCACCGACUAGCAAAAUGUUAUCCGCUAAUCUAGAUUGUUCGAGUCGGUUCUGCACAAAUAAACGUUGUCCAUCUAUAAGAUAAAUUGCAUUCCUCCAUUCGGACAAAGUACCGACAACUGCGUUACAUCUCAGUUACCUCCCCGUAAAGGACAGACUUUCCAUUACUGUAGAAAUCUUUUGUUCCUAACAAUAGUGACCGAAGUACUCAAAUUCUCACGCAUGCAGACAAACAGAAAAAAGAAAGUCAGCUCUGGCAUAUCUGUGAUAAACAGUUGUUCAUGUGACUUGUAGUCCAGUGCUAACCAGCAGACACCUGGGAGGUGGCUAAAAGCCACUCUUCUCAAACUCGUUCAUUUUAAUACAUCUCUAGAGUAGCAGUAGGUAUAUCUGACUGCAUUUAGCAUCAAUAAAAAUGACGUGGUUCGAAUCCCAAGUGUCGGGCUCGCUUCGUCAGCACGUGAACAAAAAUAGUGUCGGUAAAGGAAAGACCAGUAAAUCAGAUUUCACCUUCAAGCUUUUUAAUCACGUUUAUUUAUGUUGCUUAUAUAAUCAAAUCCUUUGAGAGUUACUGAAAAAUUUAAGGUUUUUUCUGUUGUCGUUUAUGUGUCAUUAUGUCGUCAGAUAUUUUUUGACUGCAAUGUUUCUGCCAACUAGAAAACGUUAAACAUAUUUUCUUGUUUAGAAAAGAAGCACUUGUCUUGAUUCUGUCAUAAUUUAUAGUUUUUUUACAAGUUUUCAUGUAAAAGAAAUCAAGACACGUUUCCAUUCGACAAAUGCCAAGCAACAGGGACUGGAACGUGUUGUGGUGAGCCAGGUGGGACACUGUGAGCAGGAUGGCUAAGAUGGCUUCCCGCGUCCCGUGCUCCCGUGCUCACACAGUUCAUUGGUCUGAUUGUAAACUCAGUUGCUCCUUGUAGCAGGACUGUCCUUUUGAUUAAUGUUCUGGAAUUGCACAUACGCUUUCAAGAAAACAGUGGGGUAUAUGAAAUUGAAAGUGUUGUUUUCAAUAGUAUAGAUAUCGUACUGUCAGAAUCCUGAAUACAUGCCGUCCGUCCUGGCAGUCUGUUUAAGGUAAAGUCUUCUGCACGCAUGUAUGUUGUGGAGGCUGUGAUAAAUGUGAUGACCUCAAUUUGGAUUUUUUUUCACAAAUAAGUUUUUGAACAUGUGUCUAGCAUUUAAUCUUUUGUCAGAUAUUGUAAUCUUUUUCAUGAAUCCCUUUUAAAAAAAAUAUAUUUUUCAUAAAUGUUUACUUCAGUACA